GGUAUGUGGGGGCCGUCUCCCCGUUACCCUCGGGCUUUGGUUCAUAAAUAGCGGCCAGGCACGCAAGCUAAGUAUGUUGCUUUCCCUCUGCUUCGGUCGGAAAACUGGGACCAAUUAGAAAAAUGGCGGCCGCUUUUAGGAGAGUUAGAAAACGAUGUUUUACGGUUCUUCAACAAUGUAGCCUACGAUUAACCCAAACAGACGCUUCCGUAAAAUGCUCUGGCGAUGUAAAAUGUUCUCAGCUGCGAAAGAGAGGACUACUAAAAGUGAGGGGAAGAGAUUCCGUAAAGUUUUUGCAAGGACUCGUCACAAACGAUGUGGAGGCUUUCCACAAUAAUGUGGAACAAAAAGCAAUGUAUGGUAUGUUCUUGAACGCCAACGGUCGCACAUUAUACGACACCGUUCUCUACAAAAGUGAUGGCAGGGGAGACUUACCUGCAUUUUUUCUCGAGUGUGACGUUAAUGCGAUACCAGAACUUACAAAGCAUUUGAAGAUGUUUAAACUGCGCUCGAAAGUUGACAUUGUUCACGCAGAAGAGUAUGUACCGUGGGCGAUGUUUUCAAUGUCAGGGACUCUAGACCUUAAGAAUGUGUCGAGUACCUCGGACAUCAAAGUGCUAGUGAAGGAUCCUAGGAUUGAGCAGCUGGGAUUCCGUGCGGUGUUGCCUAAAGGCUCGAGUCCGUGUGUUUGUUUUGAAGAUGUCUACGAGACUGGAGACAGCUUUGAAUAUGACGUGUUAAGAGCCAAGCUUGGUGUUUGUGAGGGAGUUGAUGAAAUACCUCCUGGAAAUGCAAUGCCCUUAGAAUACAACAUUGCAUAUCUUAACGGAGUUUCUUUCAACAAAGGCUGUUAUCUUGGACAAGAACUCAUAGCCAGGACUCACCACACUGGAGUCAUUAGAAAGCGAACAGUUCCAUUCAAAUUUAUGGAUCCCAAAGCUGAUGCAAAUCACUUUGAGCCAGGAGUAAGAGUAAGGACCUCUGAUGAAAAAGCUGCUGGCAAGGUUUGCAUGAUAUAUGGGCAGUAUGGGGUGGGGCUGAUGAGGCUGGAACUGGUAAAGAAGGAAGAGGUACUUCUUAUAAAGAAUAAAGAGGACAAGGCCAUGGAAGUUAUUGCAUCUUUGCCACAGUGGUGGCCUGAAGAUGAUCAUGGCCUCAUGUGAAAUUCUUUUGAUGAUAAAAAUGCUGGGAAGGAGUUUUGAUCAGAUCUUAGCAAUGAUUUAUGAGCUGUUUCAGAAAUCAAUUUACAAUGCUGUAUUCUACCAGAGCCUUGUGUCACAUGCAACUAACUUUUUUCUUUGGACUAUUGUUUGUCAUUGCUUUCAUGAAAGCUGGGAAUUCUAAAAUCUUGAGGCAGCACCCUUCAUGCAUCAGUGGUUCUUUCAUCUCAGAUGCAGAACUUGAGGACUUUAGAAGAGAAGUCCCAUAAACUAUUUUGCAACAUUCUUUUAAAGUGACAGAUAAACACAAGUCAAAAUAAAAAAAAAAAUGUCUUUGUUAAUUUGUAAGGUACACACCCUUUUGUUAGAUACGAUGAAUAUAUGAAGUUCAUAUAUUGCGAUUAUAGAUAUGUAUGAUGCACGAUCCUAGCAGUA